UUCUCAUCUACCUUCUCCCAUGCCUUCCCCUCAGCAUCCCACAGCCGCGAACACAGACGCGCCUUUCCUGCGCUUCCCUCCCUUCCCGUCCGCCCCGGAUGGCAAGACCAUCGUCCCCUUCAAGGACUUCAAGCCACUCGGCAUACGCCGUCGCACGGGCGAGGAUGUCAAUGACGACACCGUCGAGCGCGAUGGCCUCGGUGUCCCCACCGUCGCGCUGACCGUCAAGCACUCCACAGAUGGCCUGUCGAAGCAACCUCUACCCAAGAACGCCUCUGACCCCACUCAGCCCCCCAAACGCAAGACCUGGUGGGAACAGUGGGAAGAGCUGGAGGACACCAGGCGUCAUUACUACAAUCCGAACGCUACUCGCGUCGAUCGCCUCUAUGAUGCCGCCAACGAUUUCAGGAAUGGCCGUGAGUGGCCACACGCCGCCAGUGGCUUGGCAAACUUGUGGGAUCAGUUCCGUCUCUAUAUCGGUUUACUCCACCAAGCCGUUAAAACCCGCAAGAAGCGGGGGGACGCAGAUGAGGGCGACGAUGAUGAUGAUGACGAGGACGAGGAUCGAAAGGCUGCCAAGGGUACCCCCAUCACCGUCACCCAGGCGCCACCGCCUCCCGAGCGCGACGAAGGCCCUCCGCGAAAGCGCAAACGUCUCUAUCGCGCGAUCGGGAGCGCGUACGACGAGCUUGAUGCGGAUGAUAAUCUAUCAUUCGAAGAGAAACUCGCCAACAGCCUAGACGAAAAGGACCGCAAGAUGGAACGCUUCCUCAACAACCCUGAACAAAGCAUGAAAGUCUUUUUCUCGUCCUUUUUCCGUCAGCGGGGUCUCAUCUGGUCUGAGCCGCGCUGCACUGCAUUCCCUCAUCUCGUGCACUUUUUUAUUCGCUUCUUGAUUCGAUGCCGUGUGUUUCCCGAACCCGAGUACAUGGAGGCCCUCAAGGCUGCCCUCGCCGUCGUGGGGCGCGCGCGCAGCGAGCUCCCUGCGACGUUCGUGAUCACGCGCAUACUUUACGACGACAGCUUCAACAACGCGCUCGAGAAGCUCUGGGCGCCGCCACCCACGCCCUGGAUGUUUGGCGACUGGACCCCAAACGUCGAGCUUCCAGAGGACCUCCCGCCUGAAUUCCGCGAAGCGACUAUCAUCGACACAUCGACCCUUCCGCCACCCCCGGCCGACGAUGAAGACGGCGCAAGUGGAUGGGGCGACAGCGCUCAAGGGCAGUGGGGUCCUCCCAAGGAUGCUACCACCACCUGGACUGAGCCUGAACCCACGACCGAUUGGACGGGCAUGGAUGGCGUCUUGCCGCCUGUUCACGAAGGAGUAUUUGCGCAUCUCGGGCCGAGCGCUUUGCCGCUCACGCAUACGCCGGGCGUCGUCGAGCACUCGACGCGCCGCAUUGUAUCGAUCCACAAGCCUGGGUCCGUGCGGUCGUCGGGCCCACCUACAUCGGCGGCAGCGGCGGUGGAGGAAGAGUUAGGACGACGUUACGGGCGCGUGGUGCUCGCCCCGUGGCCGGGGUGGGACAAGACGACGUUUCCCGACAUCGAGAAACCCGUGAUCAUGCCCGAGAGUCACGGCCGGGUCAUCGACGAGGCAGGCGACGUGUCGGUUUGGGGCGAAGAGGACGAGGGGGUGAGCAAUUGGGACAAGAGGCGGCCGCAUGACCCGUUCAAGGAUAACAUCACGCUGCUGGUGGAGCCACAUCGCUUGGAGCCGCUCAUCCUGCACAUGGGCAUCGGCGCGAAAUGGGUUGAGCUCGCGCGGAUCGAAGAACACGAGGAGCCUGCGCCUGCGCCUGUGCCGGAGGCUGAAGAAGACACGAAAAAGAAGGGGAAGAAUAAGAACAAGGCCCACAGACCGAGAUACUGGUUCAUGAAAGAUUUCGUUCUGAUGGUGACCUCGUUCCACACUGACAAGAUAGAAGAUUGA